AUGGAUCCUCCAACGCGUCCAGCGCCUCUGGGUUCCGCCUCUGUACAGUCCCCGCCGUCGUCUUCUUCGUUCUCUCUCACAUCUCCUCGUAGCAUGAGCCAGGCGGCUGUCUCUGCUGGCGACACAGCUGAUGCCACUGUCUCCUCCGUCUCUGCCAGGCUGUCUCCAUCGCUGUCAACCUCUCAGAGAGACGCGGGGACAAAGGGGGAAGGAUCGGCCUCGACUCAAGCAAGUAUGCCAGACGCCGACGAGAGGAGCAGCCGGUCUGAGAAGAAGGGUGCGACAGCGAAGGAGAGUUUUGAAGAGCCUGUGGAAGACAGGACGAACGCGAGAGAGCCUGAAAACGUGAACGAAAAGCUGGAAGAUGAACCUGGGGAUAAAUGGAGGAAACUGAAAGUAUCUCGUGCGUCGAAGCACGCUCUCAAAAAGUCGAGCGAGACCGAAAAAGUGACCCGGCGCGGAGUGGAAGCGAUGCUGUCGAAUCGCCUUUCUGUGUCUCGCCUGAAAAACGCAAUGUGUCUCCCUACUCCUGAGACAGAGAGACCUGACCGCGGCUCUGGCGGAGGAGAAGCUGCUCGCAUGAGGACGCGGGUCAUUGCCCGCAGAGUGCAUGUUUCUUCUUCACCGAAGCAGUCUUCCCAGCGGUCUUCUGUCCUCUCUACUGGCACGCCUUCACCCUUCUUUCCUUCGUCACCCCGGCGCGCUUCUGGUCGCUCCUACGUCCGAGUUUCUCCUUCCCCAGCUCCCAGGUCUCGCGAAGUCGAGGCGAGAGGGACCUUGUCUCCGGCCUCGCCUCCCCCUGCGACGUCAGAAAAGGUCGCGGUUUCUGUGUGUCGCCACAGAGGAAAGGAGGAAACCUCUCCGAGUGUAACGCGCUCCCAGAAGCCGCGGUGGUCCUCCGCAGCUUCCCGGCGCAGCGAAAGCACCUCAGGGCGGCGGAACCUGCCCGCGGUGCACCGUCUCCUCCGAUCCGCCGGCCGCAGCUCUCCCAAAACAGAGCGUGUGGAGAGCGAUUCACAGUCUCGUUGUCGCGGGGAUUCCUCCCCCUCGGCGUCUUCUGCAUCCUCUCCCAUGUCGGGCAAGGGGACCUGCGUCGCGCCCAGGACUCCGGCGCCGGUGUCGACUCAGAGAGCCGCGCGCAUGCGCAGCCUCCGGCGCCCACUCGGAACGUUCACCACGCGGCGUGAGAGAGCGACGCCUUCCGCGCUCUCAGGCUCUCGCCCAGGCUUGAGAAGUGAAAGGCGGGCAGAGGGAAGCCGAAGCCGACGCGGAGUGUCUCCCGUCGCUUCGAGCUCCGACGCGGUCCUCAGGGACGCAGACGAGGACCCUGAAGAAGGUGAUGGCGCUCGCGAGAGGCUGCAUGGCGCCCGCCGCCGGCUGCCGGUUUCGGCGCGCGCAGGCGUCAGCACGCGUUCCUCCGCUGCUGGGUCUUCCUCAGAAGGAUACGUUGGGAGUCAAGGCUUUCCGGGGAUGUCUGAGGACGGCGGGACUCCUCCCGCCUCGCCCAGAACGGAGCCUGAAAGGAGGCGAGGCGACCGCGAGAGGCCUGUCUCCGACUUUCCAGGCCUCCGGCCGCGCCACUUGGCGCCAGGCGAGGAGCCACCGACCCCUCGCCCUGGCGGCGUGUCUCCUCGCUCUUCGCCGAUGACGCCUGAGGAACGCGAGAAGGUCGGGACGCGCCGAGGGUACGGGAUCGGGGGGAUCGGCGACGGCGGGCGGCAGAAAAAAGCCAAGACAGAGGCGGAGAAAGACGACGACACUCGUGCGUUGUGCGGCCAAAACGAAGAGCGCCUGGUCGGAUCGACUCCGAACGAACGCAGCCCUAUGCGGCCUAUACUCUCCUUCUCCCCCUCGUCGCCAGCUCGGAAAAAAGACGGCCUUCAAGCGCGCGAUGGAUUUUUCGGCGCGAGAUGGCGUGUCAACGCACAAACGGGUCUGAAGGAACUUGAUCCAGGCCCACUGGGCGUCGACUUCCACUGCAACGUCUGUGGUGUGGACGUGAGCGUCGGCCAGUGGCGAGUCCGCUGUGCAGAGUGUGACGACUUCGACUUGUGCGUCUUUUGUUUCGCCCGCGGCCGCGAGACGGGGACGCACUUGAAUACGCAUGCGUACAGGCCGGUGCCUCCGAACCGGCAAGAGAUUUUUGCGCCGAAUUGGACCGCUGACGAAGAGCAGAUGCUUCUUGAGGGCGUCAGUCGCUUCGGCCUCGGAAACUGGAACGACGUCGCCUCGCUGGUGAACCGUGUGGCGCUGCGCGCCAAGACCAAGCAGCAGUGCGAGCAACAUUACAUGAGUGUGUACAUCGACUCUGGAGGCAUUCCAGCCGCCCUUUGGGAGCAGGAAACUCCUGCCCCCAAAGUUCACAGCCCACCCGAGGCCUCGCCUUCGUCCCUCAUCUUCUCGCCGCGCCGCGACGCCUCCUCAGACAAGGACGAAGCCGCCUCACCCCUCCAGAAGGCCGCCGGCGCCGGCCCGCGAGACGGCGCCGGCGAAGACGGGGGCCUUUUGGGCUCCAACGGAGACACCUCCGCCACCACGCCCGACGGCGAAGCCGCGAUGCCCCAGAACGCAGCCAAGACGGGUGACAGAAGACACGGGGACGAGGCCGAACAGAGGCGCGAAAGAGCACAGAGAGGCGAGAACGAAAACAGGAGCGAGAGGGACGAGAGAACCGAGGAGGAAAAGAUGUUUGGGACGUUGUUGGCGGACACCGAAUCAGAUGAAGAAGAGUCGAAUCAGCGGACACUGGCAGAACUCCAGGCGGACAGCAACUCCUGGCACCCGCCCUGGAUCGCGAAGCCUGUGCCUCCGCAGCCGCACCACAACAACCUUCAAGGGUACCUCCCGCUUCGCGGGGACUUCGACGUGGAAUACGACAACCAUGCGGAGGCGCUCCUGGCCGACAUGACCAUAGAGCCGCACGAAUCUCCCUCCGAAAAGGCCUUGAAGCUGAGCAUCGUGGAGGCGUACAACUGUCGGCUGGAUGAGCGAAUCUACCGGAAGCGGACGAUUCUGUGGAGACACUGGGACGACCCAAAGAUCGCGAAUAGGGAAAAAACAGGCUCCCUCCUCGAACGCCGCUACUGGCAGCAGCUGAAGCCUGUCCAGCGCUUCCACAACGACUCCGAGCACAUUGCUCUGAUUCGAUCACUGGUCACCUACGCAGAGGCUAUGGAGCGUUGUCGCCUCCUCAAAGAGUGGAGAAGUCUCGACUUGCACACUCUCCAGCAUGUCGUGGACUACGAGGCUGAGAAGCAGAAACGAGGCGCAGCAUGCCGGCCUGCAGCGUUUCGCUCCUUGUUCGAUGCGCCUUCGGUUUCCGGUGCCCCGUCAGCAGACGACUCUUUGAAGGCGACCUCGGCUGGUAUUUUGAGCGACGCGCCUGCGGGCGAGCUCGUGAGAGUGACACCGAAGUCCGCCGUCACCUCGACCUCAGCCGAGAGGCCUUCGUCGCUGUCGGCUGCGGCGCCCGUCGCUCUUCUGACUGAGACACAGGCCGAGAAGGGAGAGGCCAGGGAGAAGCAAUCGUCUCUCUCGUCUUCUCCCCCUCCUUCCGCUUCCGCGCCGAGUGCAGCAAUCGACAGUGCGUCGGGAACCUCUCGCAAAGGCGGUCGACAGGGAGGACCGGAGACGAGGGUGAAAGACGGCGGUCCCGACGAGGAGAGUGAGGCCGAUGCGAGAGAGCAGGGACUCGAUGAAGGUGUGAAGGCGAAGAAGCGAGGAAGAGAUGAAGAGCUUUCGGAGGGGCAGGCGCAUGCGGACGGUCUCGAGCGAUCUGAGGUGGAUCUCUGCAGGGCGCUACAGUUGCCUCCUGUGCUGUACCAACUUGUUAUUCAAGCACUUAAGGCUCAAGCCCAGAUGCUGCCCACGGUCGAAAAAGACAUGCUGAGGAAGAAGAGAAAGCGCAUCAGCACGAUUGGGAGCCUGUGGGACUUCGACGUUCGUCUGGAUGUGGAGCAGAAGGCCGGCAUGUUGAGAGAUGCGUCUUCUCCGAAGGUCAUCCUUUCUUCGCCUGGGAACCAAACCGUGGGCUCUCCUCCGUCUCCUUUCGCUGUCUCGUUUGCGUCGUCUGUGCCUCCAGCCGCGGGCCAGGCGACAGAUCUGCGAACGCUAGGUGGAGAGGCAGCUUCUUCUCAACGCUUCGCUGGCGGCCGCGAGGCAUCCACGUCUCGUGCUUCGGCGCCGGGGGACGGCCCUCCCCUUCCCGGCGGGUCUGCGCAGCUCGCGUCCGCUCAAGGCCUCCCGCAAAGCGAGACGCAUGCAUAUGAGCCAAACAGACAGAGCCUGCACCCGGGGUAUGGGGCCUCGCAAAACCCUUCUCGUCUCAUGUCGUCUCCCUCGCCGUCUGCCUAUACUGCUCGCAGCGGCUCUUCGCUUCACGGGACGCCAGACGCUUUCGCUUCCCCCGGGACACUCGCGCCCAGUCCCCAAGUUUACGGUGGCGCGUCGCGGUCGGGGCCAGAGGCCGCUCGAGGGCAGACGGCGCACUCCGCCUCGCCUCCUGUUUCGAGCCUUCCUCAGAGUUUCAUGCAUCUCCACAGACAGACGCUUCCUGGCACUCACCCGAGUUUCGCGUAUUCCAACGCGGCGUAUUCGCACACGGUCGCAUGUAGCAACGGCCUCCAGUCCUUUCAUCCUGCUGCCUAUUCGACCUAUCGCUCGAACGGGUCGUCUGUGGACGUAGGUCCCUCCGGGUACGCGCUGUCGCCUGCGGGCUUCUGCGGCGCGGGGGCCUCGUUGGGACCUGGCGUCUCUCAGAACGGAUUCUACGCCUCCAGAGCGUACUACGGGACACCGAGCGGGGUUCCCUUCUUGCCGCAGGCGCCGUCCCUGAGGGCCGCGAAUACGGUACUCCAGAGGCUUCAGCAACAGCAGCAGCUGCAGAGCUUCCUUCUCGCUGCAGGUCGGGGAGGCAGGCCAACAGCGCACCUUGGUUGGGGGCAACAACAGCCGGGGACUGCUUUGCUUGGAAACGUCAUUUCGACUGGUAGUGGAGCCGGUGUCGGAGGCGGACACGAUUUCCUGAUUCCGUCCGCUCAUCAGAACGUCGCCAAUCUGUCGCACAUGUCACCUGCGUAUCUCGCGGGGAACGGUCACCCAUAUCUGUCUUCGCUGUCUUACUACGGUAACCCAAGCAACGGGGCAGCGAUGCAUGCAGCUUCAGGGUACGGUCAGCUAAACUUGCCGUCGCCGUUCACCGCCUACCAGAGCAGUCUUCUUCAGCCGGGCGCCUCGCCUUCGAGACAAGGAGGAGGGACAGGGCCUUUCCUAAGCCAGCCGAACCCAGGGCACCGCGACCUCGGCGCGGAGGCUGGGGCGCAGGGGGCAGGAGACCCGCAGGGGCCUGGGCGACGACAUCCCGGGAUGCUUGCGAGUGGCGGAGGUACCCGAAUUGAAACCAGCACCGCACCUUCUCGUCUCUUCCAGAGAGAAAACCAAAUGGGGAGUUGCCGCCCUGCGUGGCCAUCGGGCGACUCUCUAGCGCAUACGUCAAAUUCCUUAGAGACGGAUGGAGACCCUCUGCAUACUGGGCAGGGCCUCGACCGUUCAGAAAGACAAGACGGCGAGACUUCGCAGGGCGACGCAGCGUGCGGCGCUGGUGAGCGGAUGAAGAAAGCGACCGGUGAAGGGACAAUGGGCAGCGACGCGGAGGCGCAGACGGGCAUAGAUGGAGCGAAGAUUCAAGCCUCCUUCUCUUCGGGUGAAUCUCUGUUCGCCUCAGGCCCCAGUGUCCUGUCCAACACAGGGUCUUUGCGUUCGGUUGUUGCGGGACUCCCUGCAGGGUCGGCAGGUCUGUGUGGGCCUGGGGGCGAGGGCGGCGGAGGGGCGUUGGCGGAAAGGCGAAAACACGAGAGACUGCGAGUUCCGCCAGACAGCCAGGAGAGGCAGAGAGCAGUCCCGACGACUCUGUCACAAGAGGGAAAGCGAGAAGAAGAGAGAGAGAAAUGGAAGGAGUUUGUCCUCCAUAAACUCGUGCCGCGGGUCCGAGGGGUUCGCUACGACGCUGUCAGCCACCACUGGGUCGCCCAGUGGCCUGCUGUCUUCACUGCGUCCCCUUUCGACAGCGUCCAGAGUUUUCGUGAAGGGGGAGUUCCCCCUGCCACACUCGCCGUUUCCGUAGAGAAUUCAGGCGAAACCCCCACAACGCGGAUCCCGGCGUCGGGGGGACCAGAGACAGAAGGCGCCACCCGUUCUUUGGCGUUCUCCAUCAAGCGGCUGGGCUUCGAAGGUGCAUGGUUCCAGGCUUGCGAGGCCCGACGCAAGGAGGCCGAAAAGGCCAGGGACUGGGGCCUCGUGGCGGAGGUGCGGGCAGCGGAGACAGCCGCUCCUUCAGUUUUUGCGGCCCUCCAGGACGAGCUGCCGUCGCUACCCUUUUCGUCGAACGACUUGGCCAGCGCGUUUGCGGGCCUCUCGAAUACUACUGGCGAAAACAAAGGCACCGGCGGCUUGCAAAAUGCGUCGUUCUCGACAGGUGCGAAGAAGGACGAGGUCCGAGACGAAGAAGACAGGCGAGAGAAGCCGGGGCGACGGCUCCCGAGCGCCGCCUCUCCGGUGCCGGCGGCUGUCAAGGGAGGCAACGAAGCCGGGGCCGGCGCCCUGUCGAGUUUGACGCGGGCGGCGGCGCAUCAGCUGACCAUCGAAGGUGGACUCAACAGCGCCAACUCUGAGGUCGUCUUUGCGUCGCCUAUGGCGGGUCUCCCGAGACACGCAGGUAGCUCGAGGGCGACGGACGGCCUUCUGCAGCUGCGGGGAAGCCCUCCAGGUCAAGAACUCAUUCAAGCUUCCGCCUCCACUGGAAAGCAACAGGUGGGUGACGAACCAGUCCUGGCAGACGCCCAAAAUGCUCCUCGCGGUGUCCUGCAACUCGGGGGACAGUCUCUUCAUGUGACGUCUGCUUUGGCCAGCCCCGGCAUUUCCGGAGUAGGACGCGAACGCCUGCUGAACGGGCGUCCUUGCGUUGUAAAGUCUCUGCAUGGUCUACGCCUGGAGCGGAACGGGGGCGCCUGCGGAGGUCUGGGGCCCUGGACCGGCGGAGGUGCGAGCGCGGUCGGAGCGUCGCUAGUUGAGAUGCACAGGCGUCUCCCGCUCGCCCACGCCGGAAAGGAGACUCCGUCGCCAGGGAUUGGAGUGGCGCGGAAGGCCAUGGCAGCGUCCACUGUCGUCGCGCAUGCAAAUGGAGGCGAUGGUCGCGCGAUGCUCCUGGCGACUGGAUUGUCGCCGGUCUCUGGAGGCGUGAAGCAUCGAGAAUUACCGAACAACCUCGCAGGGGGGCAGUUUCGCGCCCAGCGCGAUGACGCCAAGGCGGCUUUCUGCAACGGCGGCGCCUCUUGCAACGGUGCCUCCGUUUCCACUUUGCCUGCGCCGGCGCUUUACGCUACUGGCAAGCCUCGCGGCUUCCCCGGUCGAGGUGGAGGCUCCACGCAUGCACAGAGUGGCGUUUCAGGGCGAGGCCACGGCGAGAGGAGACAGGGUGGAAGUGUGGGGACGGGUGAAGAGAAAAACGGACAGGGUUCCUCUGCCCAGCCGACUCUCGCGUGGAGCGACGAUGAUGAGGGCGCCAACUCUUUGGAGCCUUCUCCCGCAGCUCGUAAGGUCACUGCAUGCCGUGGAAGCCGUGAGGCUUCUUUGGCGACAGACCGCGCGGCAGCGGCAGGGCCGCGCGGGUCUUCGGCGCAGACAGUGGCCUUACCAGAGGGGCAACGCAGGACCACUGGGGCUCUGCUGAGUUCCUCAGUAGGCGCGGUGGAGCGAAGUGUCUCCGAGACGCCCGUUGCAGAGCGAGAAGCGUCCAGCUCGUUCGUGCAGGGUCCAGGGUCGUUGCAUGCGUCCGAGGACAUCAGCGACAACGACGCUUCUCAAAGGCAACACCGCAUGUGGGCAGGCGGUCCAAGGUGUGGAGUUGAAGGAGCGCGAGAAGAAGAGGCCGGUUGGGCGAGAGACGAUGUAGAGUUACAGAAUCAAAGCAGUGGCCUGGAGAGAGAUAAGGAAAGACAAGCAGUGGAAAGCGAAGCGGAUACCGUGGAGGCAGCGAGAUGCGACGAGAACCGGGAAGAAGGAAAGGGAGAGAACGUCGCCGUCGUGGACGCACAUCCAACGAGCCGAGAGACAACUGUUUCCGAAGGAUUUGCCUGCACCGCGCCGCCUCUCCUCUCGGCUUCAGGACAAGAAAACGAAACAGAGCGCUAA